GCUCCAGCGGCCGAUUCCGGAGCAGGAAGUAGGGGGGGGCGGGGAGCGGUCGACGCGCCACUCCCCUUCACGGACUGACGCGGCUUGAUGAUGUCACUACGCAUCAUGGCGGCGGCGGCGGCUCGGAGAAGGUGAAGUUCUGGGGACACAGCGGCCGUCCUGUGGAAGGGGGACAUGCCCGGAUCCUUCCCUUCUUUUCCAGGCCAUCGGAGCUCAUGAUGUCAGCCUUGUGAAAACAAUCCACCUCUCAAAAACUUCUUCUCUGUAUCAGUUACAUUGGUGGACCGUCCCGUGGAUCCUUUUUUCCCCUUUUCCUGCUAGAAGUUGCUCUACAUAAAAUUGGCGCAAUGUCCCUGAUCUUCUCCCACUCCAGCCCCAUUGUUUCGAUUAAGAAGGACAAAAGACACAUGGCCGAGGUGAAUGCGUCUCCACUCAAGCACUUUGUCACUGCCAAGAAGAAGAUCAAUGGCAUUUUUGAGCAGCUGGGGGCCUAUAUUCAGGAGAGCGCCACAUUCCUAGAGGACACUCACAGAAAUGUCGAGCUUGAUCCCGUCACCACUGAAGAGCAGGUGCUGGAGGUCAAGGCCUACCUGUCCAAGGUGAAGGGCAUCAGUGAGGUCCUGGCCCGGCGCCACAUGAAGGUGGCCUUUUUUGGCAGGACGAGCAAUGGAAAAAGCACCGUGAUCAAUGCCAUGCUCUGGGACAAAGUCCUCCCCUCAGGGAUUGGCCACACCACCAACUGUUUCCUCCGGGUGGAGGGGACAGAUGGCCAGGAGGCCUUCCUGCUCACCGAGGGCUCUGAGGAGAAGAAGAGUGUUAAGACAGUAAACCAGCUGGCCCAUGCCCUUCACCAGGAUGAGCUCCUGAAUGCCGGCAGCCUGGUGAGUGUGAUGUGGCCCAAUUCCAAGUGUUCUCUUCUGAAAGAUGACUUGGUGCUGAUGGACAGCCCUGGGAUUGAUGUCACUACAGAACUGGACAGCUGGAUUGACAAGUUCUGCUUAGAUGCCGAUGUGUUUGUGUUGGUGGCCAACUCUGAGUCCACACUGAUGCAGACGGAGAAACAGUUCUUCCACAAGGUGAGCGAACGCCUUUCUCGCCCCAACAUCUUCAUCCUCAACAACCGCUGGGAUGCCUCUGCCUCAGAGCCAGAGUACAUGGAAGAGGUGCGGAGACAGCACAUGGAGCGGUGUACCAGCUUCCUGGUGGAUGAACUGGGAGUGGUGGAUCGAGCCCAGGCGGGGGACCGCAUCUUCUUUGUGUCUGCCAAAGAGGUGGUCAAUGCCAGGAUCCAGAAAGCUCAGGGGAUGCCAGAAGGAGGAGGCGCCCUGGCCGAAGGAUUUCAAGUGAGAAUGUUUGAGUUCCAGAACUUUGAGCGGAGGUUUGAGGAGUGUAUAUCACAGUCGGCCGUGAAGACCAAGUUUGAGCAGCACACCGUCCGAGCCAAGCAGAUGGUGGAAGACGCUCGCCUCAUCAUGGACUCUCUACAUGUGGCGGCACAGGAGCAGAGAGUUUACUGCCAGGAAACACGAGAAGAGAGACAGGAGAGGCUGGGAUUCAUUGACAAGCAAUUAGAGCUCCUAACCCAAGACUACAAAGUCCGAAUUAAGCAGAUCACGGAGGAGGUGGAAAGACAGGUGUCUAAUGCAAUGGCUGAGGAGAUCAGACGCCUCUCGGUGCUGGUGGAUGAGUACCAGAUGGACUUUCACCCCUCUCCAGUGGUUCUCAAGGUUUAUAAGAAUGAGUUACAUCGCCACAUCGAGGAGGGACUGGGUCGCAACUUGUCUGACCGAUGCUCUAAUGCCAUCACUGGGGCCCUGCAGACCAUGCAGCAGGACAUGAUAGAUGGCUUGAGACCCCUCCUCCCUGUCGCCCUGCGGGGCCAAAUAGACAUGCUGGUCCCGCGACAGUGCUUCUCGCUCAGUUAUGACCUGAAUUGUGACAAGCUCUGUGCCGACUUUCAGGAGGACAUCGAGUUCCACUUUUCUCUUGGGUGGACUAUGCUUGUGAACAGGUUUCUGGGACCAAAGAACAGCCGCCGGGCCUUGAUGGGCUAUAAUGACCAGAUCCAGCGUCCCAUACCUCUAACUCCUGCAAACCCUAGCAUGCCGCCCUUGCCUCAGAACUCUCUCUCCCAGGAAGAGCUCAUGGUCUCCAUGGUCACCGGCCUGGCCUCCCUGACCUCCAGAACCUCCAUGGGAAUCCUCGUUGUUGGAGGAGUGGUCUGGAAGGCUGUGGGCUGGAGGCUAAUCGCCCUUUCUUUUGGGCUCUAUGGUCUCCUUUACGUCUAUGAGCGCGUGACGUGGACCACCAGAGCCAAGGAGAGGGCCUUCAAGCGCCAGUUUGUGGACUACGCCAGCGAGAAGCUGCAGCUCAUCAUUAGCUACACCGGCUCCAACUGCAGCCACCAAGUCCAACAGGAGCUGUCCGGGACCUUUGCUCACCUGUGUCAACAAGUGGAUGUGACCCGGGAGAAUUUGGAGCAGGAGAUCACUGCCCUGAAUAAAAAAAUCGAAGUUCUUGAUUCAUUGCAGAGCAAAGCCAAACUCCUUAGGAAUAAGGCUGGUUGGCUGGACAGCGAACUCAACAUGUUCACCCAUCAGUACUUGCAGCCAAGCAGAUAGUGGGGAAAGCCGGGAGCUCCAGGAGGUGCAAAGAGCGGAUAUUGGGGCUCAGACGGAGGCAUAACACAGUGGGAGGGGCCUUAGGCCAAGCCACAGAAGCCAGUUCUCGUGGGUAGUGGCCAUGUAAAUGGUAGCACCCCAGUUUCUGAUACGGCGUUGAACCUUUAAACGCUAGUUAUUUAUUACCCUUCCUUUGCCGGCUGUUGCGAUUAGAUGGUUUGUGGGAAGAAUGUCUGUCUCCAUACACUUAAGGAAGAAUUUUUCUUGUAAAGAUAACUGCAGAUGGUACUGAGGUUUCUUAAAAUUUUAUUUCUAAAUUUUUAUCAAGUUCUGAUUGAUUCAGUCUUUUGGUUAUCUGGUAAAUUACUUGUUCUGAUGAUUCUUUUGAUCUCAGAAUUGGCCAAAGCCCAUAUUGAGAGUAUUGGAGAAACUUAGUGCUCCAGCAGAGACCCCUCCUCUCCCCCUUUCCCCCUCCCUCCCUCCAUGGUACUGGCCCUAGCCAGUGUAGACCCACAGUCCUCCGCUCUUCUUCAGCUAAAAUACAACAGUAGAGAAUGGCCACUCUUGUGAGCGCUUGUGUUUGCCCCUUACGUACAGAUGUUCACUUGACAUAGCUACAAAUAAGUUGAGAGUCUCAGCCAGAUCCAGCCCAGGAAGAAGUUUUGCUUGGGUUCAUUUGGCUUGAUCAGCUUUAACCCUCUUUCCCUUUUGCAGUGCUUCAGUCAUUCUUGCAGACGGCACUUUGUCAGGGCUGAUAGACACAAAAUGGCUGGACCAGGGAGGUCCAGCCACUCCAGAGCUGUCUGGGACUUGAAGACUUGCUGAUGAAAAUAGCUUAGAGAGAACUGUCAGCAGUGCGUCACUAUGUGAGGACUGAAGUGCGUGUGUGGUGUUCGCUUUCAAGAUGGCGGCACGUUCUGCCAUUCUCUUCCCCAGUACAUGGCUGGUUCAAGUCCUUGGUUUCUGUCGUGCAUCUGUGUGAGGUCUCAUUUUAUCAAAGAGAAGUAGGUUUGGAGGAAGGAAGGAAGGAAGGUGCUGAAGAAAGAAAAGGCAGAAGUGACUUGGGAAUUGAGAGGAGACAUGGGCAGCAAGCAUAGAUAAUGGGGCCUUCCCACAAGACAUCUUUGAGCACAGUGAAAGACCAGCUUGAGUGACGAUUACUGAGCUAGUCUCCUUUUGUGCUUGAAGUAGGCCCUCUCACCCGCCCAGCUUAGAUUUGCCAUCCUUUGCUUCUCCCCCCGAGAAAUGAAAUCACCAGUUUCAGACAGCCUGCCUGCCAAUGUGUCUAGAAGAAUUGGUUCCACAUUGCUGUGGCUGUUCCUGGCUCAGCAUUGUGCCAGUGACUCCUUGAAUCAUUUCACAGAGAGUUUAGAAAAAUCCACACUUCCUCGUCUAUCUCCCACCAUCCAUCCCUUUAAGUUUCAGUCUGAGACCCAUCUUGGCCCUGUGAGUGCACUGUAGACUGUUUUUCCAUCCUUCAUUUCAGGGUGACUUCUCACUGGAAGUAGGUGAGCUCCCAUCCUUGGGAUGUUGGCUUCUUCUGUGGUGCCAGUCAGUAUCCAUCCCACAGAGUCUUGAAACCCUGGAGAACAGGGACAGUGACUUUGCUGGUGACUGACUGUCCAUGAGGAGAUGGAGUGGCCCCACAGGAGACGGCUCAGCUGGCAGGCAGGGACCCCCUUCCUUCCCUCGAGAACUCAGCAUCCCCACUCUAGCUGGCCAGUUCAGGCAGCUUCUCCCUUCUUGCUUCUGCAUCUUGCUGCCAUUUCAUGGCCCUGGGCUUAGUUGUUGUAUUCUAGUCUCCACUCACUGCCCAUUGAGCAGGCAGGAACAUUGGAAAGCAUUGUGAGUGCAGACUGACCCAUCUAGCUUAGGUCCUGCUCCAGAGUCUUCAGUGCUCGGUGACUGAGUUGAAGCCACUGUAGGGGUGGAGGGAAUUCCCUUGAGAUGGGGCUGUUGGGCAGGGAUGUGGAUGACAUUCAUGUACUUGCCUGUCCCCAAACCCCAGUGGCUGGCAUGGAAAGAGGGUUCGUAGCAGGUCUUUGCCAAGGUAGGAAGAGGGUGAGCAUUUAUUUUUAACGUUUUGCCAGGAUUGACCAGCAGUAGCCUCAAAGGUUGAUUUAAAAUCACUGUAACAAAGCACAGUUGCCAAUGAAUUGGGGGGGGGGGGCGGUUAAAAUCUAAGUUUUAAAAUGAAAACAUCUCUUAAUGGCUUGAAUGUAACUGGGGAGGACAUGGGAAUUUUGAGGCUCUUAUGUGAUAAAUGGGUUAAAUCUAAUUUGUGACAAUGAGGAAAAACCCUUUACUAACAGAUGUUUGGCAAAAUGCACUUUAUUUUAAUGCUGCUAACUUUUCCCCUUUUUUAUGUUAAGUUGUUGGGUUACUCAGAUCUAAGCUCGAUAAUGAGUUCUCUCUCUGUUGUAUUUAAGAUGAUAGGUUUUCCUGAAUUAGCCCUGUAUCAUUGCUGAGAAUAUUGGAAACUGAAAUAAAAAAGCUGUUGGGAAACA